AUGUUUGGCAGCUCUAUAAGGCCAAUUAAGCCUGCCUCUAGCCCGUUUCAAGUAUUGAAACGUUUUACGCAUGAAUAUGCACCUCGCUUCAAGGAUGUGAGCAAGAAACAAAAAGGAAGAGUCCCAGUACGUGUUGGUGGGUCUACAAAGGGAUCGACUCUUCAGUUCGGGAGAUUCGGCCUUCGUUUGAGAACUGAGGGUGUUAGACUAUCUGCGCAACAGCUCAAGGAAGCUGAUAAUGCUAUUAUGAGGUAUGUCAGGCCGUUGACCAAUGGGCAGCUGUGGAAAAGGCUCUGUACAAACAUCGCCGUUUGUAUCAAAGGUAAUGAAACCCGUAUGGGUAAAGGUAAAGGUGGAUUUGAUCACUGGAUGGUCCGGGUCCCCACUGGGAAAGUUAUAUUUGAAAUGGACGGAGACGACUUACACGAGAAAGUGGCGCGUGAAGCAUUUAGGAAAGCCGGCAGCAAAUUGCCUGGUGUGUACGAAUUUGUUUCGAGAGAAUCGUUGGUAAGAGUAGGCCUGAAGAGUUUUAAGGACCCUAAUAACGAUGUCAAGGUUGACUAUAUGGAAAAAAUGCGUAAAAACCCCACUAAAAUAUUUUUGAAUGAAGAGAGGGCCAAGCUGCCGCAAUAUCGCAUGUUUAGAGGCCGCUGA